UUCGCCGUACCUAACCUGACAUACGAAAACUGACCAUCGCCAUGGCUUCUCUCACUCCCUGGCUCUUAGACGGCUAGCUAGCCACGUCCAGCUAGCUAGCUGACGGUGGUGGGUCGGCCCGGCGGCCAUGGGGGUGCCAGUGGCCAUCGAUGACGACGACGACGACGUCGCGGCGUACCUCCUCUGCACCGAGGACACCUCCGGGCCGUUGAUCCAGUUCCAGGUGCAGGGGACCGUGGCGACGUCGACGAUGCCGACGUCGUCGUCGUCGACGGCGCCGCCGGCUGCUGCUGGUAGCUGUGCUGGUGGCGCCUACGGGGUGGCUGGAGAAGAGGAGGAGGAGUCCAUGGCCGAGCUCAUCGGCGGCGAGGCGGAGCACUCGCACUCGCAGCGGGAGGACUACCCCGGCAGCCUCAAGUCCGGCCUGCCCGUCGACCUCGCCGCCCGCGCCGACUCCGUCGAUUGGAUACUAAAGGUGAGAGAGUUGUAUGGUUUGCUUCCGGUGACGGCGUACCUCGCCGUCAGCUACAUGGACCGCUUCCUCUCCCUCCACCGUCUCCCGGUUAAUAAUGGAUGGGCAAUGCAGCUGCUUGCAGUUACCUGCCUCUCCCUGGCUGCCAAGAUGGAGGAAACACUAGUGCCAUCCAUCCUAUGUUUACAGAUACAGGGUACAAGAUACAUAUUUGAGCCGAGGACAAUUUUUCGGAUGGAGCUUCUAGUCCUGGAUGCACUAGAUUGGAGGCUGAGAUCAAUAACACCCUUCACUUUCAUGUACUUGUUUGCUUACAAGGUCGAUUCCACUGGCAAGCACAUCAGGGAACUGGUCCGUCAAGCAACUCAAGUGACAUUAGCUGCAAUGCAUGAUACUGAGUUCUUGGAUCACUGCCCAUCGUCGAUCGCAGCAGCAGCGGUGCUGUGCGCCUCCACUGAGAUCAUGCAGCUUAUCUCCAUUGAUCAUGGAACGGUCGUUAGCUGGCGAAUUGUUGGCCUUGAUGAGGAUGCCAUCAUCAGGUGUUAUCAGCAAAUGCAGCAAUUGAUGAUGAUCGGUAACAAUGUUCAGAGAGGAUCUGCAGAGACAACAAUGGCGGCGACGGCGACGGCGACUGCUGUGAGCUCAGGGGAGGCUGUGUCCUCCACAUCCUCCUCUUCUCCGCCAUCAAAGAGGAGGAAGAUGUCACCAGGCACGCAUGGCAGAAUUUGAGGCAGCACUGUUAGUUCUCCGGUGGGCAUUGCAGAUUAUUCAGGUUCACAGGGAUCCUAGUUCAAUUAGCAGAGUUUUGCUUUUGUGAUGAUGGUCUCUGUUCCUACAUGUUCUCAACUUUUUUUACACUGCCUUUUAACUUCUAUGCGAGAAAAAUUAUUAUUAUGCUAUUAUCAGAAGUUGGCUUCGACCAAA